GAAAUAGAGAAAUUAAAACAAAAACAAAAAUAAAAAUCACAACGGAUGUUUCUCUCUCUCUCUCUCUCUCUCUCUCUACCUCAAGUACACAGCACUCGGCACUUGCUUUUCUUCUACUUCCUCUUCUCUUUUCUGGCGGGAGAUGGGCCCCACCUCUAAUCAAAAUCUCGUAACCCUCAAGUCUCUUUCUCAUAAACCACUGCAACUAACCCCCACCACCACCUCUCUCUCUCUCUCCCGCUAAACACUAAUACUAUAACAACCCCCUCCGCAACGACUCUCUCUUCCUUCCUCAAUAUCAAUUCAGUCCGCCAUGAUUAACCCACGAAGCUUUCUCUUCUUCUUCCUCUUUCCAUUCCUCAUCUUCCACCCUCCAUUUAUCAAAGCUCUCACUCCCGAUGGCCUUUCUCUCCUCUCCCUCAAGUCCGCCGUCGAUCAACCUUCUGCCUUCUCCGAUUGGAAUGAGAACGAUCCCGAUCCUUGUCGCUGGUCGGGCAUUUCCUGCACGAACAUCACUGGAUUCCCCUAUCCUCGCGUCGUUGGCAUCACCGUCUCCGGGAAGAAUCUCAGGGGCUAUAUUCCCUCGGAGCUUGGCUCGCUCGUUUUUCUCCGCCGGCUCAAUCUCCAUUACAACAAUUUCUAUGGCUCCAUCCCUAAUGAACUUCUCAAUGCCACGUCGUUACACAGUCUAUUCCUCUACGGAAAUAAUCUAUCCGGUUUGCUUCCUCCCUCCAUCUGCAACCUUCCGAGACUGCAAAACCUCGAUAUCUCCAACAACUCUCUCUCCGGACAUCUUCCCUCUGAUCUAAACAACUGCAAGCAGCUGCAGCGGUUGAUCUUGGCUAACAACAGAUUCUCCGGAGAUAUUCCCGCCGGAAUCUGGCCGCAGUUGAAGAAUCUAGUGCAGCUCGAUCUCUCCUCAAACGAAUUCAACGGAUCGAUCCCUGAGGAUAUCGGCCAACUCAACUCUCUGACAGGCACUCUCAAUUUGUCUUACAAUCAUUUAUCAGGUGAAAUUCCGAAAUCACUGGGGAAUUUGCCAGUUACAGUGAGCUUUGAUCUCAGGGGCAAUAAUUUGAGCGGCGAAAUACCUCAAACGGGGUCGUUUGCUAACCAAGGACCUACAGCUUUCCUCAAUAAUCCUCUGCUAUGUGGAUUUCCCUUGCAAAAGUCCUGCAAGGACACUGGGCAGGAAUCCUCUGCCACUCAAAGUUCAAAACCGGAAAGUCAUGAUGAUAAUACAAGAAAAGGACUGAGCCCAGGUUUGAUCAUAUUAAUCUCCGUCGCAGACGCGGCUGGUGUUGCGUUGCUAGGUCUGGUGAUAGUGUACAUAUACUGGAGAAAGAAGGAUUCCAAGGGUGGGUGUAGCUGCACGGGGACUGAGAAACUAGGAGGCAACCGAAGACGGAAUCUGUGUGGGUGCGCUUGCGGCAAUGGGUCUGGGAACGAGGAGUCAGAUUACGAGGAUCAUGAGAAAGGGGAGCGAGGAGUAAAAGGGGAAGGAGAGCUGGUGGCGAUAGACAAGGGAUUCAGUUUAGAACUGGAUGAGCUGCUGAGAGCUUCGGCUUACGUAUUGGGGAAGAGUGGGUUGGGUAUUGUGUAUAAAGUGGUGCUCGGCAAUGGAGUUCCAGUGGCUGUGAGAAGACUGGGAGAGGGAGGAGAGCAGAGGUACAAGGAGUUUAUCGCAGAAGUUCAGGCAAUUGGGAGGGUGAAGCAUCCUAAUGUUGUGAAGCUAAGGGCUUAUUACUGGGCUCCCGAUGAGAAGCUCCUCAUCAGUGAUUUCAUUUCCAACGGCAAUUUAGCUAAUGCGCUAAGAGGGAGAAAUGGACAAGCAUCAUCAAGCCUAUCUUGGUCUACUCGGCUAAGAAUUGCCAAGGGAACAGCGAAGGGGUUGGCCUACCUUCACGAGUGUAGUCCUAGAAAGUUUGUCCAUGGAGAUAUCAAACCAUCGAACAUCCUUCUCGAUAACGAAUUCCAAGCUUACAUAGCAGAUUUCGGUCUCAAUCGACUAAUUAACAUAACUGGUAAUGAUCCCAAUUCCUCUUCGUCAAGUGGGUUCUUGGGCGGGGCCCUCCCUUACAUGAAGCCAGUACAAACAGAACGAACCAACAACAAUUAUAAAGCACCAGAAGCUCGAGUCCCCGGUAACCGACCAACUCAAAAAUGGGAUGUGUAUUCAUUUGGAGUGGUCCUGUUGGAGUUGCUGACUGGAAAAUCGCCAGAGAUCUCACCCACCACUUCAAGCAACUCCAUUGAAGUGCCUGACAUAGUGAAGUGGGUGAGAAAAGGAUUUGAAGAACAGAAUCCACUGUCAGACAUGGUAGAGCCAGUAUUGGUACAAGAAGUUCAUGCCAAGAAGGAAGUGUUGGCAGUUUUCCAUAUUGCUCUAGCUUGCACCGAGGGUGACCCUGAAGUACGACCCCGUAUGAAAAAUGUGUCUGAAAAUCUUGAAAGAGUUGGAACAUGAUCGUAUCUUUUUUUACAACUUCUCCAAUUUUGCCAACAUGAUAUAUAAAUUGUGGAACUCCAAGAUUAACUUCUAUAUGAUCCAACAUCAACAGCAUGAAAUUCUUCUGUUAAACUUCUAAGUCUUCUGAUGUACAUGGGGCCUAGAAGCAGCAACAAAAUUUCUAAUUUAAAUUCAAUUUCUGUAGGUUCGCAAUGUGUUACGUAAUAAAAUUACUUUCUACUUUCUAUGCCCCA